UUGCGCCACAGGAAGAUAAACCGCAAAAGACAAUAUUGCAUGUAUACAUGAUUUUGCGUGCGCAUCGGAUGAGCGGUAUAGGGGAAUUCCUCGCGUCUUGAGAAGAGAGAGAAGAAGAAGAGAAAAAAAAAGUAAACAGAAAAUCGGUGGAUUUGAGAGUUUUGCUCAGUCCAGUGAGGUCCAAGAAGACACAAGAGAGAGGGGGGAGGAAGAAUAUCUGUGCGUGGUUUUUUGAUUUCUGCUCUCAGUCGUCUCGGCGAGUCUAGACUGAAGAUGCUCUUGGACGCCGGACCGCAGUAUCCCACCAUAGGAGUCACUACUUUCGGCUCCUCGCGGCAUCACUCAACAGGCGAAGUCACAGAGCGAGAAGUGGCGUUGGGGAUAAAUCCGUUCGCAGAUGGGAUGGGCGCCUUCAAAAUCAACCACAGCUCCCACGAUAUUGGCUCCGGACAGACGGCGUUUUCCUCCCAGGCGCCCGGUUACGCAGCAGCCGCCUUGGGACACCAUCACCACCCGACCCACGUUGGCUCUUACUCCACGGCGGCUUUCAACUCCACCAGGGACUUUCUGUUCAGAAAUCGGGGUUUCGGGGAUGCCACCGGGGCGCAGCACAGUUUGUUCGCCUCGGGAAGUUUCGCAGGGCCACACGGACACUCAGAUGCGGCGGGGCACCUGCUCUUCCCGGGGCUCCACGAGCAGGCGGCGAGCCACGCGUCUUCCAACGUGGUCAACAGCCAGAUGCGGCUGGGCUUCUCGGGGGACAUGUACGGACGCGCCGAGCAGUACGGCCACGUUACGAGCCCCAGGUCCGACCACUACGCAUCGACCCAGCUGCACGGCUACGGCCCCAUGAACAUGAAUAUGGCCGCGCACCACGGUGCAGGGGCCUUCUUUCGGUACAUGAGGCAGCCGAUCAAGCAAGAGCUCAUCUGCAAGUGGAUCGAGCCGGAGCAGCUGACGAAUCCCAAAAAGUCGUGCAACAAAACUUUCAGCACGAUGCACGAGCUGGUGACCCAUCUGACGGUGGAGCAUGUGGGGGGACCGGAGCAGACCAACCACAUUUGCUUCUGGGAGGACUGCUCCCGAGAAGGGAAGCCGUUCAAAGCCAAAUACAAACUUGUGAAUCAUAUCAGAGUACACACCGGAGAAAAGCCCUUUCCGUGCCCGUUCCCCGGCUGUGGCAAAGUAUUUGCUCGAUCGGAAAAUCUAAAAAUUCACAAAAGGACUCACACCGGUGAGAAGCCUUUUAAGUGUGAAUUUGAAGGCUGCGACAGGCGAUUUGCAAACAGCAGCGACCGCAAGAAACACAUGCACGUCCACACGUCGGACAAACCCUAUCUCUGCAAAAUGUGCGACAAGUCAUACACACAUCCCAGCUCCCUCCGAAAACACAUGAAGGUCCACGAAUCCACCAAUCCAGGAUCGCAGCCAUCUCCAGCCGCCAGUUCGGGGUACGAGUCGUCCACACCGCCCACCAUAGUAUCACCGUCCACAGAGAACCAGAGCAGCAGCUCCAUAUCACCAGCAGCCUCAGCAGUCCACCACACAACCAGCCACAGCACGCUGUCGUCAAAUUUCAAUGAAUGGUACGUGUAAAUAUUUUUGAAAAGGAAAAAAAAAAAGAGAAAGAGACAGAAAGAGAGAGAGAGAGCGAGCGCAAAAAUAAAAAAAGACUCGCAGAAUUUAAUAAGAGAAAAAAACAAACUGCUUGGAAUCAGAGACUCCAUAAAGUCAGCCAGUGGACUGAGAAAACACGGGAGGCCCAAACGAUCAAUUAAAGGCUGUCUUUAAUGAAAGAGAAUGCAUGGACUUAAAAAGGAAGGAGGCGAGGACAGCCACCAACUUUUUUUUU